GGGAGUGAGACAUAGCCUUUUCCCAUUCCAGCUUAGAGAAUGAUCAAGAUGUCCAGGUGGUAGCUGCGUCCCUCCCCCCACCUCCCUCCCCCCCUACCUUCGGAUCCUGGUGGGCCACAUGCGCAACAAAAAAAGGAUUGUCCAAGGUCUGCCAAUGCUUGUGUUCUUGUCCUCGACGGCUACUUCCGCUGAAACGUCAGCACCAGACUGGCGCAAUAUGAUCCGCUGGAUCACCACGGCGGGCCGUGAGCGCCACGCUAGUGGCACUUUGACAGAACCAACCCCCAGCAUUCGCGCGGGGCAGGCGACCGCCCAGCUUCGAGCUCGCCGGAGCUGACGCUCCGCACUGGGUUCGUCCUAAGUUGAUAUACAUCAAUCAUGGACUAUGGUGGAAGACGGUUAGGAGAACAGAGAGUCGGCUUGUCACC